UACCGCCUCACCCAACGGCGCGAGGCGAUAAGAGUACUCUUCAUGGUUAUGGUCACAACAUGUGUGUGCCCGAUCACGGAAUAUCUUUUGUGCACUAGGGCAGGUAUUUCGGAACGAUUGCAUAACAUUGUGCAAGGAAACGCAGCUGGAGAAGCAUACGCUAUGUUGGUGAAUGGGCUUUUCCUGGUUUAUCUGAUCUUCAGAUAUGGUAUUCUUCCUUGGUUCGUGACUGCGGUGGCUAGUGAGAGUAUAGUCUUGACAAUGCUCC